GAGAAAAGAAAAUGGGGGACAAGAGGAAGAAGACGUUCAUGUUCAUCCGUCUGGUCUCAGCGGCUGGAACAGGGUUCUUCUAUGUGAAGAGGAAGAGCAGCAAGGGCCUUCUUGAGAAGCUUGAGUUCCGCAAGUACGACCCUCGCGUCAACCGCCAUGUCCUCUUCACCGAGCAGAAGAUGAAGUGACCCUUUUUUUUUUUUUUUCUAGUGGUGGUUCCAUUGCUUUAAUCUCUCUAAUGAAUCAAAGAACUGUUAAGUUGGGAUUUAGACUUUGUUUGUAAUUUUCAGUUUGAGGAUCAGAGAAAGUAUAAGACCUCACUCAAAUCAUGGUUUUCAUUUUGUUAAACCAAUAAUUUUUAAUCAUUACAUUUAGUACUUUGGGGUGUAUAAAAAGCCCAAGACUUUUAUA